UUAAAUUAAUUUUUUGAUUUAUGUCACUUCACAUAGUUAAAAUAAAUUUUUGUAAUCGAAUAAUUUGCAAAUAUGGGCACUAAACCAGAUCUAUCGCAUAUGGUCUCCUUAUUAGUCCUUUGUACUUCAGAAAAUAGUCUGCUGCUCACCAUUGAUAAUGCAAGUAGUGAUCAUUGGAUACCGUCUGUUAAGGCAGAACCAAAUGCUAGCUGGUCGAAACUAAUUACUAAAGAAUCCCAAGAUAUUUUAGGAGUGAAAGUUGCCCCAAAAUUGUUAAGGAUGUAUAAAAUAUGGAAUCCGAAAAAAGAGAAUGCACAUCUUAUCCACUGCGUAUUUUAUGUUGUGGUGGAAGUCAGCGUUAAAAAUAAGACAAAAAACUCUAUGGGAAAGUACCGAGGAAAAUUAAAAUGGAUUCUAGAAUCGGAUUUGCUGGGUCUGUGGCAGUCCAAUUCUCUUAGAUCUCCCGACCUUUUGGAAUUGUAUCACUUGGCCAGAGAAUAUGACGUUGGUCAUUUCUAUACAGUUGAGCCGGCUGAAGAUAUAAUAUUAGCAAAAAACGUUGCGGAAAUUACUGACGAUAUAUUAGUUUCUGGAAAAACUACCAACUACCAACAGCUGAUAGAGUCUUCUCCCAUAGAUAAGUUAGCACAAGAACAACUCUAUAGCAAUCUGUUUCUACCAUAUUGUUAUCCAGCUUGUUACAUGAAUUUGAAAAGCUUCUCCAAAUUUAUGACCGAUGACUUGGGUUGGCCGAAACCUCAGAUGAUUUUUCUGUUUAGAUCAGCUGACAUUAAUAAUAGAUACGGUUUGUCAUUCAGAGAAUUGCUAUAUUUCUUGGCAGCAAUCGACCCGAAUACUGGCCAUGGAGGAACUGCAGCCGAACUGAGAUGCAGAUAUAUGUUUAAGUACUACGAUCGGGACAAGGACAAUGUAUUAAAAGUAGAAGAAUUUAAGAAUCUAAUACUCGACUUGAGAAAAUCGAAAAAAUUGGCAGUUGAUCCUCAAAGUGUGACUAAGGAAACACAGGAUACUUACAAGUCUUUAGGACUGCAAGAAAGUCAAGGAUUAGCCAUGAACGAUUUUUUGAGAGCGGUGUGCGACUUGAAAAUUAGGGGAACAUCCCAUAUUUUCAGAUCUAACGUCAGUAUUUCGAUUUAUUUGAAAGAUGUGAAUGAAAGAAGGCCGAGCAUUACUCGAGCACCUGUUACAAAGGCAAGUCCAGUUUAUGGAGCCCCAAUUGAAAAUCCAAGAGGAAAAAUGACAAUAAAAAAUCCCGAUUAUGAAAUUGCACUUCAUACAGUAAAAAUACAAAGAAGCGGUCAAGCAAUUAACAUCGAAGAGAUGAAAGAAAUUCAAGAAGCUGUAUCUGCCACAACUAUAAAGCAACCGAUGAACGAACAAACCAAACGGCUAUCUAUGGAUAUAUUCAGCCAACGUUCCGUCACCAAUGAAGUACUUAAAGGUCUUAGGUACCUCACCACUAUCAAUAACGUUAAAGACAGCAAAACUUCUUACACCUGGGGCCAGUUAGAUCCAAAUAUAUUCGCCAGAAAUCUGAUCCAAGUGUGCAAUCAAGUAAGGGAGAUCAUGCGCAACCAAGCCAGGCUAUUGGAGUUGAGUUCUCCGGUGUAUAUAAUGGGUGACUUACAUGGAAACGUGGCAGACUUGCUCUAUUUCGAAAGAACGCUUUGGCACAUCGGUCCAGGUUUGAGUCCCUGUCGCCUGUUGUUCUUGGGGGAUUACGUUGACAGAGGUUCAUACAGUAUUGAAGUCAUAUCGUAUUUGCUGUCUUACAAGUUGCAAAGUCCGAACAAAGUGAGCUUGCUGAGAGGGAACCACGAAAUAAGAGAAGUCCAAAAAAUGUUUACGUUUUAUAAAGAGUGCUGCCUGAAACUUGGCGAUAAGCUGGGCAAUGAAGUUUGGAAUGCGGUAAACAAUGCUUUUGAUACAAUGCCAAUAGCAGCCACGAUUGAUGGAAAAGUUUUUUGUUGUCAUGGCGGUUGCCCACCUCCUUGGUUAUGUCCAGCUUUGUCUGCAAUUAAUGACAUACCAUCUGUUCUUAGUCAACCUGAAACACAAAGCUCUUUGGCUUGGGAGCUAAUGUGGAAUGAUCCUGUAAAACCAAAAACUGUGAAUGAAAAACUGGCCAUGGAGUUAUUGGCAAAUGAAGGUUUCGCAGUAAAUACAAGAAGAGGCACGGCACAUAUCUUUAGUGUCGAAGCACUGGAGAGGUUCUUGAGGGCUAACCAGCUGACUCAUGUAGUAAGAGCUCACGAAGUCGCUCAAUGUGGAUUUCAGGUGAUGCAAAAAGGAAAGUUAUUGACUGUGUUUUCGUCAUCUAAAUACUGUGGGGGUCAAAAUGACGCAGCUUGCAUAAUGGCGGAUCAAGGAAAAUUAAGAAUUCUUCGUUUAGAAACUGAAUAGAUUUUUGUUUAAUAACAUUUGAUUGA